GUUUCAGAAGCUUGCGCCGCACGAAUCACUUUUCCUGGAAACAGGCAUCAAGUUGGAGACAUUCACCAUUGUGCACAAUGCUCUUCUGCGUUUGAAGUUGGUGGACUUCCCUGGCAACCUGCUGCUUGAUGACUCUCUCAGCCUUCAUCCCUUGGAUGCAUCUGUGUUCAGUGGACCCUGUGCCGUUGUGCUCGUCAUUGAUGCUCAGCAGGAAGAAGCCUACACUACGAGUGUGGCCAGGGCGAGGCGUGUGAUAGAGUUUGCGUGCAAACGAAAUCCUGAUGUCACUUUCGAUGUGUUGCUGCACAAGGUGGACGGUGCCAAGUUCUACACUGAUGGCAGAAAGGAGGAGUGCAAGAAAGCCGUAGAAGACAAGCUCACCGAAGACAUGUCAGACAAGGAGAAAGCCAGCAUCUGCUUCCACUGCACCAGCAUUUACGACCACACGGUCUUCGAGGCCUUCAGUCAAGUCGUACAGAAGCUGAUACCAGAGAGACCUACCCUGGAGAAGUGUUUGGAAGCGGUGAGUCAGAACACCCGGAUGGAGAAGGUCUAUCUCUUUGACGUCGUUUCGAAGCUCUACCUGGCCGCGGACAAGAGCAAUUCAGAGCUCUCCUGGUACGAGCUUUGUGCCGACAUGGUUGACGUGGUGAUUGACAUCGCCUGCCGCUUCACCGAAGCCAAGGCUGCCCUGGCAAGCGCGUGGAAACAGCACGGGCCAAGCAUUGGAGAGGCGGUGCUGCACCAGGAGGUGGAAGACCUGCGCUGGCGUAUGGGCCUGCCACCGCUGUCCGACUGUUCCAUGGGUCCGAGCGACUGGCUCCUUGGUGCGCCUGAUGCCCAAGCCUGCUUAGGCCGUGAUUGCCACUCGAGCAUCGACUUCUUCAAGUUUGACAUGAGGACGAUAUUUGUCUUCAUCGUGUCCGUGGCCGCGGCUUCUGCUUUGGGAGCAUUCGGCUUAACUUACACAUGGACACGUGCAGAAGAUCCGUCGGAUGAGCUGCCAGACUGGCCGCAAGGCCCCGCGAGAAGCGACGGAGUAUGGACUCUUCAGCCACAGUGGCAAGAGCCUUUAGAGGCUGAUAACCCCCAGACCUACCAUGAGGAUGCAGACGCAGAGAUGCAAGGGGCCAAUGAAGCCACGGCCGCAGUUGGAGACCCCGACAGAGUGUUCGAAAGUGGGCUGGACAGCUUCCUUGGCGAGGAGUUUGAACCUCUCGCCCUCGCUCAUGAACAUGUGUCAACGCCAGAGCCCAGCCCGCCUCAGAACGCCGCGGUGGUUGGACUGACGCUCGCACCCAUGCACCUGCCACUGCCGGCCGCAAGUACGCCUCCUUUGCACCCUCAACCAAGUGUUCCCACAGGGGCUUUGCAGAUUCCACUGAAUCGUUUGCUGCCGCCUCUGCCGUUGCCGGACACGAGUGCAGCACGUGCCCGUGCACACAGUGAGGAUUUGGAUUUGGAUGGCAUGGUGCGGUCCUUUCCUGCUACCCCGGAGUGGUCAAACGUUUGGUUCGCUGGGCCCGAGGGGCCACGGCGUGCGCUGACAGAGUCGCAGCUGAUUCCAAGCAUGGCAUCAGGCUUCCCCGGCUCUGGCGCUACAGUGGCGGGCUGGCCCAGGCAAAUCUCGCACAUACACGAGCCAGUCGAGGAAUUGCAUGAACGACCCGAAAGGGAGAGCGAGUUGCACCUCGGUGUCAUGAAUUCAGUGCAGCAGCUUCUGGAGGAUGAAGCCCCAGAAUGGGCUGGGCCGGCCGAUCCGGUUGUACAGAGCUCUCAAUGGGGCUUCUCCUGUCCAGGACGCUGGGCUGAUGCGGCAGAGGAUGUCUACGACCCAGAGACCGCAUGGUUUGAGCCACAGCGAAGCAGUUCCGUUGGGCACGCUGCGGAGCCGAAGCAGCGCUCCAGGAGAAGGUCCAAGCGACGCAAGCAGACUGCGCCAGAGCACACGGGGCCCUUGGGUGGUGAGUCGACAGAGUCUGCGAUCAGAGUCCUUCAGUUGGAACAGCUACUGAUGCUCGACGAGCGCAUUCCAAGCUUCCAGGAGCCAGCUCCGGUGGGCAAGCAGCCACGCCGAGCCACCUCCCAACCCCGAUUGUCUGCGAAAGCAAAGUCUCAAUCUCGAUCCAUCCCACAGAAGCUGGAUCCCAAGGCCAAGGCUCGGGCACCCCUGCAGGCACAACCGCAAAGGAGGCGCUCCAAGCAAUCCCAGCAGUCACAGGGGCCUGAGGCCCAGCGAAGAGAAGCUCAGCAUCAGCCCGGCAAUCCCAAAGCAAGCAAAGCCGGUGGCUGGCGGCCGGGUCGAGAGUCCGAGUGGUCAAGGCAUGUCACACAUGUCCGGUCCCCUGAGGGUCACAACCCCGAGGCUGUGCCCCAAGAUCUCGCAGUCCUGGCGCCAGAACAUGUCGGGCAAGAGCGGCCGAGAGCGAGGCCCAACAGCGAAGCUCGAGGUUCGCGUCCACAUCCAAUUCGAAAUCAGGUAUCGGACAGCCGGAGGCGUCCCCGUUCCAGGCCAAAGAUGCCGACGUCGAGCGCGCUGCCACAGCGCAGCGGCCGAGCUUGGCGUGCAGGGCGCCGGUCCUCCGAGUCAGACCCAGCCGCAGGUUUGGAGGACAACAAGGAUGCUGGAUGCGAAUUCCAGCUGCACAACGGCGCCGUCCUGGUCCUGAAGGAGGUCGGCCACUGCUUGGCACUGGUUUGUGUCUUUCAAGGAGACGAUGCCUGCUUCGAUCGCCAAGAGCUCUUGGAGCAUAACGUGGAGGUUUUCAAGGAGGCAUUGAAUAAGAUCUGCCCGGUGCAUCUUCCAAAGCCGCGACCUCAGCUCUCAGCAUUGACAUUCGGGAGCCGCGGGGUUGGCGCUAAACCGGCCGCUGCACCGCGAGCCGUGUGGUGUGAGCCGCAAGGACACGACAACUGGGAAGCUUCCGUGCGGGUUCGCUGCGCCUUCACGGCCCUGCAAGCGGUCACCAGCCUCUGCCGCUUCCCGGAGCUCGAAGUCACCAUGUCUGAGUCCAUCGAGGGCUUACUCAGACCAGCGUGUCUUCUGGUGCAAAGCCUGCAUCCGGCCUACGAGCAGGCCGUGAUCCAGGCAGAUGACGGCGGCCAGAGUGAGGAGGAGGGUGGCGUAGCCCCUUUCGUGGCUCAGACCAUGGAGCUCAUCCAGGCCAUGGCCGUCCGAGUCAAGCUGAAGCCGCUCCUGAAAAACAAGUUGAAACACUUGCUUCAGCUCCUGGUGCCCUUCAUGCGCAUCACGGAGAAUCAGGCAGCCUCGUGGCGAGCUGACCCAAACGAGUUCCUGGUGCAGGAGGAGGACGAGCAUUGCAGGGGCUGCACCAUACGCGUCUCUGGUGAAGGGCUGGUGGGCCAAAUGCUUGACAGCUUUAAGCGCGAAGCCUCGCGCGCCGUGGCGGCGCUCGCCACGGAUUUGUUGGAGCGCGGCGAAGCUGGGCGCAGCUCAGGGGAUGCCGCUGCUUGGAAGCUGACGGAGGUUGGCUUGUUCGUGUUCAGCAUAGCGGUCGGCGAGGCGACAGUGAAGUCGCUGCAGCGGAGUGAGUUGGGCCCCUUGGCAGCCCUGACACGCUUCCUAAAAACUGGUGGGAGCUGGGCCAUGCUGGCGUUGCUGGGCCAGCUCGGCUCAGUGGUCCGCACCUCGGGUCUGGCCAACUGGGCUGAUCCGAUCGGAUCAGUCACCAAGCAUUCAGACUGGACCGCGAGCCUGGGUCAGCCCAUUGUGGCCAAAGCAGACCAAGCUCUCGGCAGCAAAGCUGCAGCGGUGUCAGCGUGGCGGAUAUCCGAACGGUUGCAGAUCACUAUAGAUAUUCCACAUGGCCGCAUCCCAGGCAUUCGUGCAGAAGGGAGGCUCUCUACGGAGAAGCGGGCAGCGGGGCGCAUCCUCAACAGCAAUGCCUUGGAGACUUUGCAAACCUGGUUCCAACCAGCGGCAGACGGGUUGGACUCGGAAACCUCGGACGGAGUGGACGAUGCCUUGGCUGGUCUGCUGAAGGAUGAAGUGCCUUACGUGGUGGAGUUUCUGUCAGACAAGCAAUUCCCUGGGCCAAUCUGCCGGGCCUUUUGGCAGUCUGAGCUGUACUUACGUGAUUUUCAACAGGUGGCGGGCCAAGCGCCGCUGGAGGAGUUCACCCAGACGGCAAAGCACGUCACAGACAAGAUCCAAGAGGACAUCCAAGAUGGCUCCGAGACACAGGCCCUCGAUCGCCUGGUGACGCGUCAGCAGUUUGGAGCCGCUGCUCGCUUCGGAUACUUCCUCCGGCGAGCCAAGCAGCGCUUGCGGCUGGAGUCCAUCAUGACAGGGCCCGUCGGGACUCUCGAAACCUACGUGGCGGAAAUGUCGGCGCAGCAGCAGGUGGAGCUCGUGCGUGCGGCCAGCCGCGAAGCUUCUUCAGCCAUUGAUGUCCGUGCGACGGCCCUUUUCGGCAAAGCCUCCGAACUUCUUCGUGCGGUCGCGGUCGGCGAGGUCUCACCGCUGCCGCUGUCGCCGGAGGGACGUGCCAGGCUUGCCGUCGAAGCUGUGGCAUUCGGGGCAUCCCUCUUUGAUGCUGAGGACUGA